AUGAUCUCUGGUGAAGCAAUGAGUUUGGUGAGAGAUAUGGAACUAGUGGGAGUAAAACCUCAUAUUAUACUUGGAGUGCUCUAUUUUCAGGAUUCUCGGCAUAUGGGAAAUGAAGAAAAAGUAUCUGAGCUUCUUGAUGUUGAGUCUUGGACUUCUAUUACAUCAGUCGAGCAGGUGCGUGUGGGAAUCACGGGAAAUACGGACCUUGCAGGGACUGCAGCAGAGCUCGAACCAGAGAACACAGGGAAUGGAUUGCUUCUGUCCAGUUUGUACGCCAAUGGUGGUAGUUGGGAAAAGUGUUGUAAGAAGUAA